UGUUAUCGUAAUGAGACAUGGUCAACGGAUGGAUAACUUCGAACCUUUAUGGGCCUCCAGGCCCUCCACUGCAACCGACCAUGGGACCCACCCUUGUUUCGAGACGGCUGGGUUCGAGCGCUAGAAACGGGUCGGACCCUCAGGAAAACUCUCGGGUUUCCUAUCAAUCGGGUCUUUGUCUCCCCCUUCCUUCGCUGCGUUCAGACUGCUUCCGAAGUUGUUACUGCUCUCUGUGCUGUCCGUGACGACACCAGUACCCUCUCUAGCCAUGCCAUGCCCAUUGAUCCAUCCAAAGUCAAGGUAUCGGUUGAAUAUGGACUGUGUGAGAUGAUGAACAGUACAGGAAUCAGACCUGGGGUGGCUCCAAAAGAUGGAAAUUUUAGUAUGGAUAUAUCGAAGUGUGAAGCCUUGCUCCCUGCAGGAACAGUGGAUGAUAAAGCAGAAAGAUUGUAUCAAGAGGUACAGAGCAAUAGUUAUCUCUUUUUUCUGUCGACAAUAUCAAAGGCAACUAUAGCCAUAACCGAGAUAUUCUUAACCUGGCCAGAUAACCCGGCAUUACAUGAGCACACCAAUGCUGAAGACUUGUCCAAGUCAAGCAUUAUCGGCAACUUGUGUUUGGAAGAAGUGUCAGGAUCUACGAAGGUGCAAUGA